ACUCUGCCGCCGCAUGUGAUGACGGUGUCCGAAGUAGUCCAUGUUACUGUUACAGAAAUGGCAGAGGCCUGCCAUCAAACGGAAAUAAUCGUUCACGAAACCACUCCCACCGUGGUUCAUGAGACUAUCGUAGUCCCACCUAUGGUUCACACAACGUCCGCGGCCCCCCUAAUGAUUCACACGACAUCUACGGCCAUGCAUUAUGUUAACACCACGUCGGUUGCUCCUCCCAUGGUCCAGACGACCGUCGUGGUUUCUAAAGCGACGGGCCAUAUGGCACCAUCCAGCACAAGUACAAGUGUAUUAGCAGUUUUGCUACCCGCAUCGUCUCUAUCAUUAGGAUAUAUGGUGCCCCACAAUGCCCGGCGAUGGCAGGCGUGAGCUCUCCGGUUCGUGGCUUAAUACACUACAGUAGGGUCGUGGGAUAUUGAUGGGUUCAAC